GCGCGUCCGGGGAGCCUCGCGCCCUCCGCCCGGCCCGGCCUGCCCUGCUCCGCCGGACCCGCAGCGCCCCUCCCCGCUUUUGUGCGGCCGUCUGUCCGCGCGCGCCAGCCUCCGUUCUGUGUCCCGGCAAGGCCGGAGAGGAGCAAAAGGCCGGCCGCGCCAGCGAAGCCCUUCGGCCCGUGGAGCGAGGGGUCGCGCGGCUGGCCGCCCGGGGAGGGCGAUGCCCAAGAGCACGCUGGUGCUCGUUGCUAAAUGGCGCCUCGCCGGAGCCCUGGCCUCGCCGCCGCCGCCCUUCUCCUGCUUGCCGCCCUCCCAGGGAUAAGGAGCUUUAGUGAACUGUUUUUCGUGAAAGAGCCUCAAGAUGUGACUGUUGCCAGAAAGCAAGCUGUGGUUUUAGACUGCCUGGUGCGUGGUGAGGACCCCAUCACCAUCACGUGGCUCAGAAAUGGAGUUAAAGUUUCUGAAAAUGAACAGAUCCACUCUUUGUCCAAUGGCUCUUUAUAUAUACGCCAGCUGGAGAGCGGCAAGCCAGGCGAAAGGCUGGAUGAAGGAGGCUAUCAGUGCUUGGCUCUGAAUAAACACGGCGCUGUUCUCAGCCAGAAAGCGCAUCUCACCUUUGCAACCCUCUCUGCCUUUGAAGUCCAGCCUCUCCCCACAGAGGUCCACGAAGGGGGCGUGGCUAGAUUUGCCUGCAAAAUCCCAGCCCACCCUCCAGCCAUCAUCACCUGGGAAGUGAAUGGGACAGUGCUGCUAAUGGAGACGGACAGGAUAACUAUGCUGCCAUCCGGAGUGCUACAGAUCUAUAGCGUUGAGCCAAAAGAUGCAGGGAGUUACCGUUGUGUUGCUACAACAGUUGUCGGCCGGCGGAGGAGUGGCGAGGCUAAACUCACUGUUGCUCCAGCUACCAAUACCAAGCUUUUCCAUAAGCCAUCCAUUAUAGCUGGCCCCCAAAAUAUGACAGCUUCUCUUCACCAAACGGUCAUCUUUGAGUGUGUGGCCAUCGGGAAUCCAAAACCAAUUGUGUCCUGGAGUCGCCUUGACCACAAGUCCAUCGAUGUUUUCAACACACGGGUGCUUGGAAAUGGGAACCUCAUGAUCUCAGACGUGAAGAUACAACAUUCUGGUGUGUACGUUUGCCGUGCUACAAUCCCUGGCACACGCAACUUCACCACUGCAAUGGCAACACUGCUGGUGCUAGCCCCCCCUGCUUUUGUGGAGUGGCCGGAGAGCUUGACCAGGCCCCGAGCUGGCACAGCCCGUUUUGCCUGCCAGGCAGAAGGCAUUCCAACACCCAAGAUAUCCUGGCUGAAGAAUGGCCGGAAGAUCCAUUCCAAUGGCAGAAUCAAGACCUAUAGCAGUAAAUUGGUGAUCAACCAGAUCAUCCCUGAAGACGAUGCCAUCUACCAGUGCGUGGCUGAGAACAGCCAAGGGUCUGUCCUUGCCAGGGCACGCCUGACAGUCGUUCUCUCUGAAGACCGGCCCAGCGCACCUUGCAAUGUCCAUGCAGAAACCAUGUCAAGCUCAGCCAUUCUCUUGGCGUGGGAGAGGCCACUGUAUAAUUCAGACAAAGUGAUUGCCUAUUCGGUGCACUAUAUGAAGGCAGAAGGCUUAAACAAUGAAGAAUAUCAAGUGGUGAUUGGAAAUGACACCACCCAUUAUAUUAUUGAUGACUUGGACCCUGCCAGCAACUACACCUUCUACGUGGUGGCCUACAUGCCCCUGGGGGCCAGCCAGAUGUCUGACCACGUCACUCGGCAUACACUGGAAGACGUCCCGCUGAGGGCUCCCGAGCUCAGUCUGACCAGCAGAACCCCCUCUGAUGUCCUCAUCUCCUGGCUCCCCAUCCCGGUCAAGUACCGGCGAGGGGAAGUGGUGGCUUUCCGCCUCUCUUUCCGUCUCAGCACGGAAAGCAGCAUCAAGGGACUGGAGUUCCCAGGGACCACCUAUGAAUACCUGCUCCGGGGGUUGAAGCCCGACAGCGUCUACUUGGUUCGCAUUUCUGCUGCCACAAAAGUCGGUUGGGGCGAGGCUUCUCUGUGGACUUCCCAUCGCACCCCAAAAGCCACCAGUGUCAAAGCACCAAAAUCUCCUGAAUUGCGCCUAGAACCCUUGAACUGCACAACAAUCACUGUGAAGUGGCAGCAAGAGCUUGCAGACAUGGCCGCCAUCCAAGGCUACAAGCUGUACUAUAAGGAAGAAGGCCAGCAAGAGAGUGGACCAAUUCUGCUCAGGGCCAGGGAUUCCACCUACACCAUUGGCAGCCUGGGUGAGCAGGACCUGAUGCCCCUCUCAGCUCAGGGGGAGAUUUUCCUUCACCGCUAUUGGGGGCAACAGAAAACAAGAAGGGUGAUCAGUGAAGACCCCAGAAGGAAGUAUCACGUGAGGCUGCUGGCAUACAACAGUGUGGAGGAAGGCUACGAGGCAGACCAGACUGUCAGCACCCCUGGCUGCGUGUCUGUUCGGGACCGCCUGGUGCCACCCCCUCCGCCACCCCACCACCUUUACGCCAAAGCAAACUCUUCCUCCUCCAUCUUCCUGCACUGGGGGCGGCCUGCCUUCACUUCAACACAGCUCAUCAACUACACUCUCCGCUGUCACCCCGUGGGGCUGCAGAAUGCGUCUUUAGUGCUCUAUCUUCAAACGUCAGAGACUCACUUGAUGGUGCAAGGACUGGAGCCAAAUACCAAGUAUGAGUUUGCCGUUCGGCUGCAUGUGGAUCAGCUCUCCAGCCCAUGGAGUCCAGUGGUUUACCACAGCACUCUCCCAGAAGUUCCAGCUGGUCCACCCCUGGAAGUGAAGGCAACACUGAUUGAGGAAGGCACAGCCUUGGUCUCCUGGAAGCCACCAGCUGGCAUCAGAACCCUUGUCUCCCGUUACACCAUUCUGUAUGCCUCCAGGAAAGCUUGGAUCGCAGGCGAGUGGCAUGUCCUGCAUCGGGAAGGAACAAUAACCAUGGCUUUACUAGAGAACCUCAGGGUGGGAAGUGUCUACCUCAUCAAACUUGCUGCAUCCAACGAAGUGGGCGAAGGGCCUUUUUCUAGUGUGGUGGAACUUGCAGUCCUACCAAAGGAACCCUCGGAGGCAAACCAAAGACCAAAACGCCUGGAUUCCACAGAGGCUGACACAACUCGUUCUGGCUCUUAUCAGUUGGACCAGAGGUCAAUGACGGGCAUAAUUGCAGGUGUCUCUAUUGCCCUGGUGUGCAUUUUAGUCUGCAUCCUUAUCCUGAUCUACCGUGGCAAAGCAAGGAAAGCAACGCCUUCCAAAAGCAGCCAGCCCAGCCCUGACCCACUCCCUCACAAUGGCAGCCACUCUUCUACAAGGAACCACGGGGGAGGAGCCAAAACUCUGCAAAGCCUGGCAGAGAAUGAACGAUCUCUCUUGCCCAGGAUUACAGGGGGAAGCUUUCUGGAUGCCAAGGGUGGAACUGACCUUAUUAUAAACCGCUUUGGUCCAGUCACGAAGAAGAGAACCCAGAAGAAAUGGCUCUUCCUCCAUGGCUCUCGGAAAGAAAAAGCAGAGGAGGCCCCGAGACAGCUGGCCUCAGCAGCCUUCCUGUACCAGUCAGGGGCAGCCAUGCUUAUUGGUGAAGAGCAGCAGCCAAGUGCCCGAGUGAUCUGCAGCCUAGGAACUGACACAGAGCAUUCAGCAAACAGCCAAGGCAGCCAUGAGACUGGGGAUUCGGGAAGGUUCUCCCACGAAUCCAACGAGGAGCUGCACCCCCACCUCCCGGCUUGGGGGUUGCAGAUUCCUUCCCAGACAGCGACUCGCACCUGACAGCCAGCUGUCCUGUCCCCAGGCCUCUCCAGCCGCCGCCGGCUGCCAGUGGCAAUGAGACAUCGUGCAGGGAACAAUGAACUGGGAGGCCAAGCUUUCAGUGGGAUGCCCGAGGACUGGCAGGCAACCUGUGUUUCCACCGCCUCUUUGUGUUUUCCUUCCCUAGUGAAUGUCCAGUGUGCAAAAAUGUGAAAGGAGAGCAGGGUGGCCCUCCUCUCUGUCACUGGAGCAAAGGUGCUGCCUUUGCUUGGAUAUCUACCUCAGCUUGCCAAGGCAGACGCCAAAGGAAGCAAUCGCACUACCUCAUUUUCUUGUGUGAAAGUAUCGCUUGCGGCUGCAGGACUGGUGAUCACUUCCUGGCAGCCCUGAGUCCUUUCCCCGAAUGUAUGGAGAGCGAGCAUGUGCCUGUGAACCAAGGAGUUGUGUUGGGAAGCAGAGGGGGCUGCCCCACUGGCCUUGGGCAGAACAAUCCCCAAAAGAGGGUCACUCCAGGGACCGGCGGGGCAGAGGCUGCAGGUAGCUGUGGGGCCCUCCGUAGGCCACCCCAGCCCCAGAGUCCCACCUGCCUUGUCAGUGCCUUCUUCUAGAGUCCACAACUGGGGAGACCAGGGGGGCGGGGGGCUUUCUGCCUCUGCUGUGCUCCCUUGGCCAGAUGAUUCCCCCAAGUAUUCUGGCGGUAACGGUGCCUUCCAUUAGAUAGCUAUGAACUCACUGCUUGCCUUACUUAUGAAGUUUCUCUGGAGUCCAGAACGAGGCCUUACAUGUUUUCUGCAGGUUGCCUUGGGAAUCCCCCAUUGAUUUCCCUGGCUGGUGCUGAGCAUGGGAACCCAUUAGCCUGGGACGUGGCCCACAGGUCAGUGCUCGGACGGAGCCCCUCUCCACUAAAGGCACAGUGGAGCAUCCUCUUGGUUCCCACACAUCUCUUGUUUUAUACUACCUCUUUUUAAAAUUAUUCUAGUGUUAUUGUUUUCCUGUGCUCAGGGUGCAGUUUGUUACUUUUAAGCUGUCUUGCGUGUUGUAAGGCAAACUGACAGGGUAUCUCGUGUUUUGUUUUGUUCUGAAGUUAGUGAGUGAGCGAGUGAAUGAGAUGGUGAGCAAAAGAGAGAGUUUGUAUUCACCAAAAUUGUAAGCUAGCUGGUACAAUUCCCUUCUGUUUCCAUUUAGAAAAGGUUUGGCCAAACAUCCCAGAUGGGAUUUGCAGAUGAGUCUCUUGCAGGUGACAGGAAAUACAUAUUUAGGACAUGAGGCCGGUUGUGGGUCUGAAUGGCGGUAGGCUUAGUGAGAGGACCAACGGUCCCCCUCCCUGCUCUCCCUGUCCCACUUUGGGGCUGGCAAGCUGGACUGUAGCCUUGCAAGAGCCCCCAGAGGCUGUUGUGUCAUCUGAGAGCUUUGGCCAGGCGGACACUGUCUUUUCCACCAUUUUUCUGAUGCAAAGGUUUUAAAGAAAAUAAUAAUCUUGUACCAAAGAAUUUUCUGUGGAAAGGAGAAGAAAGCUUCAUAUUUUCCCCAAAAGAUAAUUGAGAUAGUUAAAAAACACACCAUCAAAUAAUUUUAAUGCCUAAGUAGAUAUGAACCCAAAAGAGCUGAGAACCAAAUGGAGAUUAGGAGUGGACUGGGUGCUUUUACAAAGUGAUCUUUCGUGUUAUUGCUGCCAGAAUUGUUUUAUAAAAGUUGGAGUAAGACCCUCUCGGCUCCAGUGACUUCAAGUGUAAUUUUGUUUUCCUUUUCUUCAGCAGUUCUAUUAAGUAGCAGAGAGAAUAUUUCUGAUGUUCAUUUAUACUUGUUGAAGAAAAGGAAAUUUGUUUGCCAAAGAUUGAUUGGGGGGUCUUGUUGGCCAGAGCUGGGUCUGCCCCGCCAUCAAAUGAUGUCUGCUCAGGUGGGCAGCUUGCUGAGUUUCAUGACAAUACCCUUCAAUGCCUGCUGUGCUGAGGGGGCCCUCUUCUCCAAAGACUUGCUUGCUGUGAAUAUUGACACUUUUGGACCUCUUCUGGGGACGAGGAGGCAGUGCCAGGGCAUUCUUGUUUCUGGCAGUUGGUGGCUGAAGACAAGGCCCAUCCCCUGAGCCCUCAGGAUGGAGGAGCCUGCCCUCACACAGAGGCGGGGCUGAGCAGAGACAUCCUGGUGUGGGAAGGUGCACCGAUGGCCUCCUUGGGUCUUCUGCUUUUCCUGCAGAGGGUCCUUUUCUCCCGAGUUGCCAGAGCGCAAGCUCAAGAGAGGGAAGGGGGAUUUGCAAGUUGGAAAUAGUUUGUGUCCAAGGUUGCAGAGCAGCAAAUGAAGAAAACCAAAGAUAUUUAAGGCUACCUUGAUGUAGAGGCCUAUGCUAGGUAGGUGACCUUUCUUUACUUUUGUUGUUUUUGUUGUUUUGUUUUGAAUUGACAUUAUCUUUUCAGGUGCCCCCCCCCCACCUGUAUACGGGGCCAUGUGUGUGUGUGAAUGAUCUCUCCUUCAUCACAGGGCAAACCUGGGCUAGUAUGGGGUGGGGGUUGACUCUCACUCUUGGGAUCUGUGGAUGCUUCCUAGCAAAAUGGUUUCUUUCCUUCCAUCUUCUUUUAAAUCCAGGGGGACCUAAGGGGCAUCUGCCCCCAUCAGUUCCCUGGGACAUCCAAGAAAGCAUUUGGAAGCGUGACCUGACGCUCCCAGUGCAUAUGCUGAGCUUGUGCCAUCAGCAACCUGCACAGGUGGUGCAGUUGGUUCCAUGGAAACAUCUGUAACCAGGUCCUCCAUUCUGAAGAGCAGUAAAAGGCCACUUUUCCAAAUAUCAGUUCAGGGCAUAUUGUCCAUUCAGUGCCAAAAAAAAAAAAGCCAGGUCAGGUGCAAGAGGUGUCUGUGUGUGCAGUUUGCAGGUCUUUGGGCAAUUGAGUGUGGCUCUCCCCCUCCCCCAGGCACCUGGGGGAGCCGCCUGACCUGUAUUGGGGGGCACAGCUGAGCCGUGUGGGCUCGAUCACAAUGAUCUGCAAGCAUUGUGUAUAAAGCAUGUGCUUUUUGAACCUCACCAGUCAUGGCAGGUUCAUCAAACCUUUCCAUUCAUUUGGGAGACUCUUAUCCCAGGUUUCAGGUUUAAGACACCUGUCUUAAUUUUGUUUUGAACACUAUCCUGAAUUUAUUCAUCUAUUUAAAAAGAGUUUAAUGUUUUUCCAUCUUAUCCUUAGGGGUUUCAGAAUUCUAGCUGGCAUCAUCACAAGGUUUGCUUUGUUUUUCUCUAUGACACAUUUCUUUGGGCACAACUGUUUUGCUGCUGCUUUUACUCUUCUUGUUCUCAAGUACCACCUCACGCCAAAAGCAGGGCAGUGAAGCCUCAGGAAAAGGGGGUUACAAUGGCACCACCAGGGCAUCCCCUCGCACACCUUGGCUGCCUUGCCUUGCAUCUCAAAAAUGAGUGGCAACACCACCCAACUCUCACUUGCACUUGAAUUCAUUUUCCAUCAAUUUGGAAGAGCAACUAAAAUUGGAGCAGUAGGGAAAAAUUGUCCCUGAAGUGUCUGAAAUCAAUCACAUCUGGAUUCUAGUUGUGCAUUGGAGCAAGUGUGAACCUCAUCACUGGGGUGUACUUUGCUGACUCCAGACUCUUUUGGGGCAAGUUGGCACAUGGAGCUUCCACCAAGCUCCCCCCCCCCCCCCGAAGCCAUCUCAAUCUUGUUGCUGCACACACAGAGCACCUGCUGCAUCAGGCCUAGCACUUUGCUAAAUGGCUGUUUAAAAUUCGCUUUCAUGUAUUCUUGAAGAUGUGAAUGAAUUGCCAGUGGGGGAGUCCAGCGAGGCUUUUUGGCCAAGGGUGUUCUGGCUCUUGCCACUCCUGCUUUUUUCUUGAAGGGCCGUCAGUGGCUGGCCAGCCAAUGGGGGAAAUGAGCUGAAUUAUAUUAAUUUUAUAUUUGACUCAGGGGAUCAGCUCUGUGAACUCCAUUGCGUGAGGACAGUUGGUGAUGGUCUGAUAAUGAAUGUACCUUUUAAGAUGUCUUUUUUUAAACAUUUUGCUUAUAAUGUGUAUUUUUAAAAAACUUUUUGAUAGCAUAGUGAAUGUUUACCUGUGUCCUUCCUCUUUCCCCUUAUCAGUUCCCAGUUCCUGAUGGUAGCACAAACGUCAUGCCAAAAAUGAGUAGGAAUUUAAAUGCCAAAAUGUUUAUGAACCUGCUAUCUUACACAGAUGAUUGCACAGUUGAAAUAAAAGUUUCCUGUAGUAA